GGGAAACCCGAUAGCUUCUUUGUGAGUUCCUCACAUGGGCUGAACUCUAGAACGAGUUCGUUCCUUCCACAUUUUGCUCUUUAUGGACGUAAGCUCCAGUGUCAACAACUGCUUUCCAAGAUGGGCCGAGGCUGGUCCUCACCCACUGGGGCACCCACCAGUAAAAGCAUUUCUGGAAACCAGGAUUGCCCAGGCCACAAGUUCCCUGGCAAGAGGCGAACAGUAAUUGCCCGCUAUGGGCCAUACAAGGAUGAGUACUGCACAAUUACUAAAGGUUACCAUGGCAACGGCAUUCACACCACCAAAUACACCUUAGUCAGCUUCAUUCCUAUGAACCUGUUUGAGCAAUUUCACAGAGCUGCCAACUUGUACUUCCUGUUCCUGGUGUUGCUGAACUGGGUCCCUGUUGUGGAGGCUUUUCAGAAGGAGAUCACCAUGAUCCCCUUGGUGGUUGUUCUCUGUGUCAUCGCCUUCAAGGAUGCUCUGGAGGAUUACCGUCGUUACCGCUUCGAUAAGAUGAUCAACAGCAAGGUCACCAAGGUGUACUGUGGGAAGCAGCGACAGUAUGUAGACCAACACUGGAAGGACAUAUGCGUGGGAGACUUUGUCUAUCUGUCCUGCAAUGAAAUAAUUCCAGCUGACAUGGUGUUGCUACAUUCCUCAAACCCAGAUGGAAUCUGCCGCAUUGAGACAGCCAACUUGGAUGGGGAGACCAACCUGAAGCAAAAGCAGGUCAUCAAAGGACUGGCCUGGCAGGAUGCUGAGGUGUCCCCGGAAGCUUUCGCAAGUCGUAUUGAGUGUGAAAGUCCGAACGAUGACCUGAACCGCUUCAGAGGGUUCAUGGAACAUGCCAAUAAAACCAGGGUGGGUUUACACAACGAGAACCUCCUGCUGCGGAGCUGCACUAUUCGUAACACGGAAUCUGUGGUUGGCAUUGUUGUCUAUGCUGGCCAUGAGACAAAGGCAAUGAAGAACAACAGCGGACCACGGUACAAACGCAGCAAGUUGGAGCGGAGGCUGAACACGGACAUCCUGUGGAGCCUGGUGUUGCUUCUGUUCAUGUGCCUCACUGCAGCUAUAGGCCACGGUAUAUGGCUGAGCGGCCUAAAAAAUCCUCCAUUCCUUAUUCCUGAUGGCACUUCUCCAGCCUUGGCUGGAUUCUACCUCUUCUGGACCAUGAUUAUUGUUCUGCAGGUGCUGAUCCCCAUUUCCCUGUAUGUGUCCAUUGAGAUUGUGAAAUUGGGUCAGAUCUACUUGAUCCAAAGUGAUGUGGACUUCUAUGAUGAGAAGCAGGCCUUGGGCAUGCAGUGUCGGGCACUUAACAUCACUGAGGACCUAGGCCAGAUCCAGUACAUCUUCUCUGAUAAGACAGGCACGCUGACUGAGAACAAGAUGGUGUUCCGGCGCUGCAGCAUUGCAGGGGUGGAGUACCCUCAUGAGGACAAUAGUCGAAGGCUGGAAAUGUACCAGGCCCAGGACUGCGACAGUGAACUUGAUCCUUCUUCAAUAACUGUGAAGUCCAAGUCAAGCCUCCUUUCGCUCAGCUGCCGCUCGCUCAACUGCAACCAGAGCUCCACAUCACUGCACUUGCUUGCUGCUUCUGAUGGUGAGAUGGACCUGCAGGGUAAGCCCUUGGGCACCACUGGCUGUCAUGAUGUGGCCUUCAGUAGUCGAACGGAAAAGGGGGUGAUCCCAGAUCCUCAACUUCUCCUGAAGCUCAACCAGCUGUCUUCAGCUGAACUGCUGCUCCAGGAUCGCCCAGAAGAUGAUCCCCAGGAGACUGCUUACAUUGUGGACUUCUUCCUGGCGAUAACACUGUGCAACACCGUGGUAGUGUCAUCGCCUAGGCUGCCAGAGCCCCAGGUAUCAGAAUCUCCCCACAUGGCCAUCAAGUCCCUGGAGAGCAUGAAGCUGCUCUUUCAACGCUUUAGUGUUCCCCAAUUUGCUUCCUUCUCCACUUCGAGGAGCAAUGCACCUGCAGACAGUCCCUCCAGCUUUGCCCAGAAGCUCUUCAGCCGAGGCUCUUUGUCGACCCCUGCUACGCCUCAGGACAAAGUGGAGGAGACCAAGGGCCUGCAGAUCACAGCUCCCAUGGAGUGGAUUCCUGAGAUGGAUGACCAUGCCAGGGGUGUGGCCAAGGCAGGGCCCUGCGGGUUAGAAGCAGAGUCGGAAGCCUUGGUGUACGCAGCUGAAAGUCCGGAUGAGGCUGCCUUGGUGCAUGCUACGCGAGCUUACCGGUGCACACUGUGGGCGCGGUCGUCCAACCAGGUGCUGGUGGAACUCCCGGGACUGGGCCGCCUUGCCGUUAACCUGCUUCACAUUCUUCCCUUUGACUCAUUUCGGAAGAGGAUGUCUGUUGUGGUCCGCCACCCACUCACGAACCAGGUGGUGGUCUACACAAAGGGGGCUGAUUCAGUGAUCAUCAAACUUGUGGCUCCACUUGCAGAAGGCAAUCCGACUACGGCCAGGCUGAAGCAUAUUAGGGAGCAGACACAGAGGCACCUCGACAACUAUGCCAGAGAAGGCCUGCGCACUCUCUGUGUAGCCACAAAGGUUCUGGAAGAGACAGAGUACUCCAUGUGGCUGAAGAAGCACACAUUUGCAGAGACUUGCAUAGAAAACAGGGAGAAGCUGCUGCUGGAGUCUGCUGAUGAAUUGGAGACUAACUUGACCCUCCUUGGUGCCACUGGCAUCUUGGACCGGCUGCAGGAGGAUGUGCCUGAAACGAUUGAGGCACUGCAGGGGGCUGGCAUACAUGUCUGGGUCCUGACAGGGGACAAACAGGAGACAGCUGUCAACAUUGCUUGCUCCUGUGGGCUACUUCGACCAUCUGACAAGCUGCUCACCAUCAACUGUGACAGCAAGGAUGCCUGUGAAGCCCUUCUGCUGAAGCUGAUCAGGGUGGUUGCAGAAGCAAGUGACAGCAAAGGAGACGAACCAAGUGGCCACAUGCUGGUCAUUGACGGUCAGUCUCUGGAGCUAGCCCUGGAGGACAGUCUACAGGAACCCUUUCUUGACCUAGCUAAGCACUGCCGUGCCGUUGUUUGCUGCCGUUCCACACCGCUGCAGAAGAGUCAGGUGGUACGGCUGGUACAGGAUCGACUAGGAGUCAUGACCCUGGCUAUAGGUGAUGGGGCCAAUGAUGUAAGCAUGAUCCAGGUGGCCAAUAUUGGGGUAGGAAUCUCAGGGCAGGAGGGUAUGCAGGCAGUGAUGUCCAGCGAUUUUGCUAUCUCUAGGUUUAAGCAUCUGCGCAAAUUGCUGUUGGUCCAUGGCCACUGGUGCUACACACGGCUGGCCAACAUGACCCUUUACUUCUUUUACAAGAAUGUGGCCUAUGUGAACCUGCUUUUCUGGUACCAGUUCUACUGUGGCUUCUCUGGUAGCACCAUGACCAAUUACUGGAUGCUCAUCUUCUUUAACCUGCUGUUUACCUCUGCACCACCACUGCUCUAUGGUAUCUUGGACCGUGACGCCUCUGCUGACAUCCUGCAACAGCUGCCUGUGCUCUACCGAGCUGGCCAUUUCUCUCAGGCUUAUCUGCCCUCGACCUUUUGGUGCACCAUGCUGGAUGCACUCUACCAGAGUCUUGUCUGCUUCUUUGUCCCCUACUUCGCAUACUCUGGCUCCGAUAUUAGCAUCUUUUCCUUUGGAACACCAGUCAACACAUCAGCCCUCCUCGUAAUUCUCUUGCAGCAGGUUAUCCAGAGCCACACCCUGACGUGGCUUCAUGGUGUGGUUCUAGUGGGCAGCGCACUCUUCUACUUUGUGUUCAUGCUGGUCUUCAGUGCCACCUGUGUGACCUGUAACUCCCCCUCCAAUCCCCUUGGCGUUGACAUCCGGCACAUGCAGGACCCCCAGUUUUACUGUGUGUGUGUCCUCACCACUGUGCUGGCACUGCUUCCCAGGGUCCUGUACACAAGUGUGAAGAACAGUGUGAACCCCACGGAUUUAGUGAAAGCUGCUCAGCUGGACAAGUUGGGUCCAGAGGAACAGAGGAGAGGAAUUCAAAACUGGAGAACGGCACUGGGAUAUGGAGAGCCAAGUAUCACCGUCACUGCAGCAGAUGGAGACCCCAGGGGGUGCCACCCCAAUCCAGUUUCGAUCAACUCAUGAAUCGAUGUCAGUUUGUUUGUUGCUGUAUGUUUUGCACUUCUCAAGGUGACACUCAAUGGUGGAGCACCUUAAGGGACACAGAAGUGGUGAUAAAAGACCAAAGGAAGAGAAGCCUUUCAAAGCCAUUUGCUCCUGUGCUGUUUGGAAAGAAUCCAGCUCUAUACUGGUUCUGGGCUGGAAGAUACUUGGACAGUCAGGUGCCACAUAACUCUGACUUCUGUGAUGUUGCUGCUUAACAUUGUUGUUUCCUCUGAAACAAUCACUGAGGAUCAGCUUUUUCACUUCAGCAUCUGCUCACAGGUCACAGGCGUGGUUGCUGCACACAGUAGUGAUGUUUAUGAAUACUAUAAUGAGCAGGCAGGCCUGUUUCAUAUUUAUAUUUAUAAUUCUCCAUACAAUUUCUUUUGGGAUUUGAAUUCAGACAAAUUUUAUAUACUUUUAGCAUAUGAAUAUUUGUCAUUUACAACUUUUUAACAUCAGUUCUUUGCUUUAGUUGUAGUUUCUGUGAAUGGGGCCGUUGAAAGCCAGUCCCUAUGUCCCAAGCAUGUUUCAUGGAGCUUUGUGUCCAUAGAAAACAUGUCUCUACUCAGUAUGCCUAAAUACUAUUACUGUGGUCACAUCCAAAGGGGCAGUUGACAGAAGGUAUGGGGUUAUUUAUUUGUUCUCUUGUCAAUAGGCUGUUAAUCAGCUGUUUGUCCAUUUAAACAGUUUAAGUGUAGUAUUAACAAAUGUAUUUUUCAAGGUUGCAGUGGUCUGGGGCCUAUCCCAAAAAGCAACGGGUGCUUGGCUAGUCAGGAUGCAGGGUUCCCCCCAAAGCAGACUGACACAUGCACUGAGGACAAUUAAGUGUCACCAACACCUUUGAAACACGUCUUUGGACUGGUGGGAGGAAACCUGAGUAAAUACUGGGAGAACAUACACACUCUACACAGACAGAGCAGGGUUUGAACCUAUGUACAAUCACACAGCCAAGGCAGUAUGAGGCUCCAGCACUACCAGCUUUGCUUAAAAAUAGAGAACAUAAAUGAAAUUGACUAAUUGUUCUCUGUCUACUCGAUAUUGUGCACUUUUUUUUACACAAUACGUAACUGAUCAAAUAAAUUAAAAAAUUGUUAAAAAAGUACCUUUUGAUUUGUGUUACAAGUACAUUC